CGCCUCAACAGCUUGCUCUUCCUUCUGCAAUCAUAUUUACGAUGCCGGCGAUGAGAAUUACUAUUUCACUGUGAACGAGUCCUACUCACUUUGAAUAAAUACCAAUAAUCCUUCUCAUGUUCCCGACAUCACAAUGCCGUAUCCAUACAUCGACACUCCGCGCACCGAAGCGGACGGGAACGCGACCUACAUGACCGGCUACCGCAGCGCGGGACGAACUCACUUAUCUGCACUCGACUCGGUUGAGAACUCAUUUCAAACACCCUCAAAAGACGAAGAUAUAAUCAAGACUAUUGAAAAUGGGCGGAAACGCAAUUCCGGCGGAUUCAAGCUCACGACUCCGCGAGCAGGAUUGGGUCCUAAACCGACCAGGAGUGCGCUGCGGCACCUUCCAGCGGCGGCACCCGCGAAGGGGGAGUUUACUCCAUUAAUGCAGAGCGCUACGAGAAAUAAUAUGUUGAAGAACAUGUCUGCGGUCCGAGGGGCCGGCGGUCCGAAAACUCCUGCCUACCUGAAGUCAAAUUAUAGAAGCAAUGGCAAUACUCCCGGCUUGCCCGAGAUGACAGGUAUAUACGAAGAUGAUGUGAUGGAGGAUGAGGCGACUCCUGUUCCACAUGUUGCAAGUAGUAGCGCCCAGAGUACACCACUUCCGAUGUUGCCUGGAAGAGACGGAGGUUUCCUGAACGAUGGGCAAAAUAUGAUGACUUUGAAGGAGCAGGAAAGGGUAUUAUCCUAUAAUUCCGACUCGAUGUCUGACCUCAAAAAACAGUCGAUCACUAACUUUGAUACAGGUCAUCGAUAAACUGGAGAAGGAUAAUUUCGGACUGAAGUUAAAGAUCCAUUACUUGCAAGAACAAAUAGAGAAAGCCGGUCCAGAAUAUAAUCAAGCAGCCCUUAAAGAGAAUACUGAGCUGAAAGUGGCAAAAUUAACAAUACAACGAGACCUCUCGCGUUACAAGAAAGGUCUCCUCCAAGCUGAGCGUGACCUUCAAAUAUACCGUGCGCAAGUUCAAGAACUCCGAGAAAAGAACCGAAGAAGGCAAACCGACGAGACCAUACAACGGGAAAUGGAUCUGAUGCGCCAAGACAUUGAGACAAGAGACGCCCAAGUGAAGAGUCUUCAGAAUGAACUUCGAGAUGUAAAAAGUAAGCAGUCAGAAGUGGUCGACAGCCUUCGAGAUGACAUCGAGGAUUUGGAGGCAACGGUGAGGGAGAAGGACCGCAUGAUCGAAGAACGCGAGGAGGAAAUUGAAGAAUUGAAGGACAAAGAUAAUAAGGAACACUUUGCGGUUUCUGAACUCCAGACAGAACUCGAACGCGCCAAGGAACAGCUGGAAGAUUUGCAGAAAAGUCUCGACCAAGCCAAGUCUGCUGCUAGGGAGGCGCAGGAUGCUGAGAAACGAGCAAUGCAGGAGAAGGCGCAAGCAGAAGACGAUCUCAGGGAGCUUCACGAGGAGAUGGCGAACAAGUCUAUCAGCACAAAAGGACUUAGUCGUCAAUUGGAAGAGAAGGCCAGCAGGCUAGAAGGAGAAGUCCAUGAAAUGCAGCAGGAACGUUAUGACCUUCAAACAGAACUCAAGCGAACAAAGGAACAAAGUCGUCAAUUAGAAGAAAAAGCGAGCAGGCUAGAAGGAGAAGUCCAUGAAAUGCAACGGGAACGUUAUGAUCUCCAAGCAGAACUCAAACGAAUCAAGGAGGAACUGGCGGAGACAAAGGAAAAUCUUGACAAAGCCAAGUCUGCAUGUGAAGAAACAAAGGAUUCUGCAAAGCGUGCAUCGCAGGAGAAGGAUAGGGUCAAAGAGGAACUCAGGCAACUGCAUGAGGAGAUGGCCAAUAGAUCCCUCGGUAGAGGAUACAGUCGCCAACUGGAAGAAAAGGCAAAUAAGCUUGACAAGGAGCUUCGCGAAACCCAGCGGGAGAACCAUGCUAUUAAGAAAGAACUAGACGCCAAGACACAACACGAAUCGCGUCUUGAAGAGCAGUAUGAGAGAAUGAAAGAGCAGGCCGAGGAAAAUCUUAAGUUGCUACAGGAUGAAAUGGCAAAUAAGUCAUCUGGCACUAAAAAGAUCAAUCGUCUGUUUGAGGAACGGGAGAAAAAACUAGAGCAAGAACUACGCGAAGUGCAGGAGGAACAUGAUGCUCUAAGGAAGGAGCUUGACCGCAAGACGCAACACGAAUCAUACCUUGAGGAACAGUAUCAAAGAAUCCAACGAGAGAUGGAAAGCGAAAGACGCGAAUCACAAGAUGCGGAGGAGGCACGCAAGCGCGAAAAGGCCUUGCUCCAGCGUGAAGCGGAUCAGAUGGCUUCCUCUGUCCGUACCUACAAAUCGCGCAUUGCAGAGCUGGAGAAGGAGCUUCAUGAAGCAUUGAUGAGGAAGUUUGAUACCAGGUCUCCUCACUCCUCACCGUCCAGCAAACUUCAUGAAGAGCUGCGUAGUUUGCGGAGAGAGCUAUCCGAUACACAUCGCUCCUUAAGGGAUCUGAAAAUGAAAAAUCGUGACCUGGAGCAUGCUAUGAUGAGGGAAGAGGACCAGCGAGAUCUCCACGAGCUUCUCAAGACAUCGACUCUUGAGGCGGAAUCGUUGGCGCUGAAACUGUCCGAGCGAGAUGCCCGCGUGCACGAGUUGAAAGCCCAGCUACGUCGGAUUCGUGAAGAGCGAGCAAAUUAUGUAGACAAGGCCGAGGCGGUGGGAAAAGAGCUGGAAGCUCUUCAAGAUCGUUAUGAGCAGGCCUUAGAGAAGCUAUCGACAUCCAAUACGGAGAACAGGAGCAAACAUGAGAAGGAAGUGCGAGGCUUAGGUAAAGAAAUAGUCUGGCUUCGAGCAAGGUUGAAGCGAGAGCAGCGGUUCCGCCGCGAUCUUGCCUGGAGUAAGGGACUGAUGGAGCUUGGGGAACGUGUCAGAGUUGCUUGUAAUCAAGCUGACCUUAGAAUGGUUGCGGAAAUGGGUAUCAAACCGCACGAGUCGAACAAGGACCUUCAGAAUCCACGACAGAAAUUGAAGCGCACAAUUUCCACCGUCAUAGCAGCCAUCCGGAUCCAGAGAAUGGCCCGCGAGUGGAAGAAGACAAGGGAAUUAGGCGAGAACCUGAAACGCGCAAAGGACGAGGUGCUCAAGAGGAGGAGAAGUUCAAAGAAGGGCCUGCAAUGGUAAUCUAUCAUUUCUUCACAGUUUUAUCUUCACUUGCUUUCAUACUUACUUUCAGAUGUUGUAAAGAGAUUCCCCUAUUGUGUUUGUUCUUUGUACACGACUUUGGCAUUCUCAAUCUGGCCCCAGAACUGGUUCCUCGAGGCUUGGGAUGCGAUGAAUGGCGUUUCUUGGCUGAAAAGGGUCAUGCUAGUAACUUGCGAGCAUUAUAUUGCGUUUCAUUAUUUAUGGACUUUCGGAUAUUGUUUAGUUCUAAAGGGUAUCCCAUGAGUAGCUUUUGCCCUACUUGACUACAAGGAUAGAAGUAACCAUCAGCAGCAGCGACAUCAAGGCACUGGUCCAUUAUCAGGGAGCAAGCGUCGUAGUGAUUAUCAUGCAAGUAGCAGUAAUAUUCGCUCUAUGGGAUCAGUAUGUACCUCCCCCAUGUUGAAGCCCCAAGACCAAAAGCCCUUUCAAAACAGGAAUACAAAAUGCCAGUUUUAGAGACCAAAAAAAGGGAAAAGACAGACAAAGAAUGAUCAAUUCCCAAGUGACAAGCUAUACACUCCAUGAGGAAUAUAAUAUUUAUUUAACGCCUUGGUUUAUUCCACCCAUCCACUCCCCUUAUUUCACUUCAAAGCAAAGUGGUAUAUGUAACAGGAUGUGUUUCAUCAUAGUCAUCAUGAGUUGGCAUCACGGUUCACGGUCUCAUGCACUUGGGUUUGGGUUCAUCUGUUUUGUUUCAAGGGACCAUCGAUGUCAGACUUUAAGGCCAAUGUUCCAUGAAAUGAAACGAAAAUAAUUCUCUAUGAUAUGAGAUGCAUACCUUGCGCUUGCCACCCGUCAUGGUAACAUUGACAAAUCGACGAGUGUAGAGGUCUCUCUUGUGGGCGCGACCCUUGGGCGUCUUGGGGUGCUCUUCUUUCUCGACCUGAAUAGUAGUAACGGGAAUGUGAGUUAGGAGUUCAUCUCCGUAGACGUCAAAAAAUGCAUGAUCCUAUGAGAAAGGGGACUGCAAGACUAACUUUAGGAGUUGCGCUCUUGACCUUGCCUAUGUAUUUGUUAGCACAAUCAUGUCUCUAUUACAGAAUACUAGCUAGGUAGGGAACUGGUGGCUAUCUCACCUGCACGGGCAAGACUUCCGUGGACCUUUCCCAUUUUUGCGAUAGAUGUAGAUGUAUUCGGUCUAGGUUCUGCUAUGUCUCUGUCUGUUGAGAUGGAGUUUCUUGAGUCUGCUAG